AUGAAACUGCAAUCAACACCUAUACUUUUUACACUCAUAUUAAUAGCCAUUCAAGCGGUUGUCGAUCCUCAUCCAUUCAUCUGUGAAAAACGUCAGUCUUCUCUCUCAACUUCAUCAUCAAAGUAUGCUCAAACCGUUGUUGGCCGUGGUCCACGUGGUCCUCUAUCAGCUUCGUGGGAUAUCGGUGUUCAAAUCACACUAAAUAAUGUUUCACAAUGUCCAGUUGAUCUUCCACUAAAUGAAUCAAAAGUGAAAUGUAACACUGGUAAAAUACUUACAUCGUGGAAUACAGUAAUUUUAACAGAACCGUUGAGGUAUGAAAGAGAUUCAACAAAUAGAUUUUUUCGCACAAAACGUCUACGCGAUAUCAUUAACGAUGAAAAUCUAGAAACUAUUGGUCCAUGGAUAGAAGCUGGCUGUUCCCUUUUGCCAACAAGAUGGACGAAUUAUUCUUCUACACCACCAGCCUAUACAAUUGUAGCGAUGAUUUGCUACGAUUGUACACCAACACGACAUGGAGACUAUCAAGAAUUAUUUGCUUGUGAAUGUUAG